AUUCACUAUUACUCUUUGCGUUUUUCACUUCGCGAUUGUGACAUACGUUUGUUUUCUUUUAAUUAACGUUGGAUCCUAAUUGAAUUGCUAAUGGUUAUUGUAAAGAGUUAGAAAUGGUACCGAACUAUUCUUGAAGUGAGUACCAAGAUUGGUAUAUUUUACGACGUUAAACUUAUCGUAAAAUAUAACUUUUGCUACGAUGAUUGAAGAAGACAAUAAAACCCUUUGGUGUGGCAAUCUAUCUGAACAGGCUACCGAAGAGUUACUUUAUGAACUCUUCCUACAGGCUGGACCAUUAGAAAAAGUUCGGAUACCAAGAGAAAGAGAUGGGCGUCAGAAAAAUUUUGCAUUUAUCACGUACUGCCAUGAGGUGUCUGUUGCUUAUGCAUUACAAUUGUUUCGAGGGACAGCAUUAUUUCAUAGGACAUUAAGUCUGCAGGGCCGAGGCCGGUUGAUGCCUUUACCUCCACCAAUAAGGAGCUACGGUCCAGAACCUAUAGACUUCAUGUACCAACAUAAUAUUGCAAAUCAAUUUACACAUAUGACAGAACGAUUAUCAGAUGAAGCUCGCCAUAUUAUUCAAUAUCCUGUUCAAAGAAAUGAUUAUAAUGAUAAAUUGUCAAUUGCCAGUUUACAGGGUAAUUGGUCACACAGACAUCACCCUUAUUACUCAAAGGAUAAGGGUCAUAAAGAUGACUUCCAGCCAAAGGAUAAACACAAUGACAAUCAUAAAAGUAGGGGUAAACAGCAUAAUAACCGCUGGAGAGACAGAAGGAAUAAUAAAAAGAAUAGUGGUUAUCAUAGAAGAGAUUAAGAGAAAUAUUUCAUGUCUACACUUUUAAUGAAAAAAAAUGAAGACUGUUUCUACAGGAAGUUGACUAGAAUGUCUUUAUUAAAUGGAUUAUGUGUAAAACAAUUUCAUAUGUUAAGUAUGAUUUCGACCAUUACAUGGGACAAAGUGUUUUUUACAAAAGUUUGUAGUAAUAAAUGUUUAUCCAAUAGUGAUAUUCCAAUAAGAUAACAUCUUUUUGGUUUUUAAUUUAAAUAUGUAAUAUUUUUGAUAUUCUUUGACAAAAACUUUCAAAGUAAACAUUUUGAUACUAAUAUCAAAAUGUUCUUUCUGAAAUUCAGUUCCAACACCUAAAUGUUGGAACUGAAUUUCAGUUUCAAUAAAACAAACAUUUUAUUUUAGAAACAAAGUAGUUUUGUUUUAUAUUUACCUUUUUUUUAACUUUAAUUGACAAAGUACUUUAUUGUGCAAUUGAAAAUUUUAAUAAAAUAUUUUUAACCC